AUGUCAUCUAAAGACUCAACGCCAUCGUCCCUUCGAAAGUCUUCGUCAAUAUUUGAACAUGAACAGUCGCUGAGAAGCAUCGGGUCAGUAGUCGAGCCCCCGUCGGAUCCAUCGUCCUUUCGAAAGUCUUUUUCAAGGUUUGAGCAUAGACAGUCUGUGGGAAGCAGCGGGUCGUUAGAAGUCCCACCUGCUUUCCGAGCUUCGCUCAACAUCUUUGAAGACGGCGAAGAGAGAAAUCCAUUAUUGCCAUCAUUCUUUCGGGGCGAUAGCUUGUCUAUCGUCGAGAGAUCUGAUUCAUCCAAUGAUUUGAAAAAUGAGUUUGUAUUCUCUCUAAAGCAUGCAAAAGUACAGGAAGGUCCUUCACUGUCCAUCAAACAAAUCACCGAUUUCCAAGCAAAGAUAAGGGGCUAUUUGGAACGCAAAGUACACAAGAAAUCCACAGAAUCUGUUGUCCUCCUCCAGUCUAUUGGUCGCGGAUUCUUACAGAGGGGAAGGUUCCAUACCAUCAUCGGAGCUGCGAUUCGAUGCCAAGCUUUUGUACGAAGAUAUUUGGUACAACGGGAAUCAAGGCGACUUUACGAUAUUCAGAACCCCCCACACAUUCGGAAGCUACGGAAUCAGAUUGCCGCGAUCCGACUAAAGCUCGAUGCAGUGAAUGAAGAACGGGAGUGCAUGCACAAAGAACGCGAGCGAAGGAAGGCACAAAUUAAAAAAGAGUGCCUUGAGCGAUUCGCCAAACAGGAGCGGGAUAAGACGCUAGGCAUAGCUCAUGUCCAAAAAUCGGGGAGCCAACUUAUCUCAUACUUCCAAAAUGAGAAUAAUACUUUACGUGCGACCAUGAGAGACUUAGCUAAGAAAUCUGCAGAACUCCGUUCUGAAAACAAGUCGCUUGAGAGUGAUAACCAAGUCGUGGCUCAAUACACUCAUGAACUUCAUUCCCAUUACAAGAUGAUGAAAGAAAGAAAUGGGUCUUUGCAGAAGCAAGCGGAUAAGCUUCGAAAUCAUUACAAGCCAAAGUGGGAAGAUGCGAUUGCUGAGCAGAAGAAUCAUGUUAUCAACGAAGUGAGACAAAAAUAUGUUUAUCGCCAAGGGCUGUUCAAGAUUGUGGACAAUAUUUUGUUGGAUCAAUCGUGCGAUUCCGAUUUCAAGGAUGGCAUUGCUCGAGUCGUUGGGCGUUGUGAAAACGAUUUUGAUUGCGAAAUUGAUAUCGACACGCCACUUGAGUUGUAUCCAUCCCCUCCUGAGCAACAGUCCAUGCUUUCUACCUUCAAACCAGAAGAUGAAAUGUCCCUCGCCAACAGUCAAGAAGAUGAACCUUUUGAAUUUCUUGAUGAUGCCGCUUUCUUGCUUCCUGAUUUGGAGAGCUUCAGUUCCAAUAUGCAUACCGAUGGCGGUAAUGUUGAUGAUUCAAGCAGCACUGCGUCAUCAGCUUCUUCCGCAAGUUCUAGUGACUCAAACUCGUCAAGCGAUUCCAGCGACGAUAGAUCACUGAUGAGAGAUCGUAGUUUCAAAAGCGCACCAACUGUCGCUGAUAGUCCGAAGGACAUUGUGAAGUACUUCGAGCAAAACGAUGGAUCCGCAAUUUCACCCAUCGCCAAGAAGCUCCAUACCGAAACAGAUUCCACUGUCUAUAGUACGGAUGAGAGUGAGUUUGAAGUGAAGUCCGCAGGUUGUGAUACUGGAAAAGUCCUUGUUAAUGCCAACGAUGACAGUGAUACCGAUUCUGGAACUGAAACCUCGAGGCCUCCUUGGGAAACUGAAGAUGAAUCCAAUAUUGACCCAGAUUUCCCUACAGUCAUCAACAUUCCAUCCACAUCAGAGCUGGAGGGGAAAAAAGAGGUUUUAAGUGAUGCUUUUACGCUUUCAUCUACUGCAAGUACCACGGCCAUUGAAUCCCAUAGCUCGUCGAGCUACCUUGAUGUGCACAUGGAGUCUCGCAACAAAAGUCUUAUGCACCCAAUCGGUGCGACAACGUUGGAGCCAGACGAUAAUGAGGAGUAUAAUGUGGGCCAAUCUAGUUUUCACAGUAACGAACCAACAAUCGGAUUCCACCACCAACCUGGUGAUAGCUGUUAUGCGAAUGACAAAGAGGAAAAGAGCAAUAGCCGCCAUAACCCACCGCACCAAGUGACACAGCAUGAGAAGCCUUUGGCUUUCAACGGCCAAGGAAUCGAAAGUCAACCAACGGGAAAAGGUGGAAUCAUCACGUCGUCAGCCAAAGAAGCAGAUAGAGCCAAACCAAAGAGUCCCGUUCGCAUUCGCCAAGAGUCCACCAAAUCGUCAACUACAAGUUCAGUUGAAACUCCAAAACCUUUCCAUGCACGUCCCGCGCCAAAGUUUGGUGAGCCAAAAAUCCCUGUAAGAGCUCGCAACCCUGCAAAGCUUCGUUCUGCAUUCAAGACACGUACAGCUCCAGAGAAAUCACCACCAAGAAUCUCAGCAAGAACCUGCAGCCCAACAAAGCUACGUACUACUUCUUAG